UUGAGCAGCCUGCGGGUGAGCUGCGCGUUGGAUCGAAACCUCGCGUCUGGAUUUGGUGAGGACGUCAGUACAUCCAAUAAGGGGGGCGCGGAAUAAGUUGCCGCGUUAUCAUUUUAGACAUACGUACACGUAUAUAUUUUUACCAUUUUGUUUAAUGUGCCAGACAGCAUUUCAGAUGUCUGGCUGUAAACACCUCCGCCAAAGAAAGAGUGGAAGACUACAAGAUAAAAGGGAGUAUAAAAAUACAAGGAUGUUCUCGUUCUAUUAGAAAUUUAAGGACACGGACGGAUUUAUUACGCGAGUUACUCUGGUCUUUUCCUCAAUGACAUCGGACUUAGUGUACAAAAGUGGUUGUUCCUAGCAGCACAGUUCGCAGUGAGAAACAGCGCGUCUGAAUGUAAAAAAAGGAAGCUGCGAGUUCCUUUUGUCUUUUUAUCUUUAAAUUGGUGUUGCUUCCGUUGCGAAUAAAGUACAGCUAGACGUGGGCUCAACUGUUAACUGUUCGUCAUGGAUGGGUGAAUGACGGGACAUUUUAAGAUGGUGAGGAGUGCAAAUAAUAUACGUGUGUGUUUAAGGUGAUAGUUGAAUUUCAGGCUGUCAUUGGAUCACAUCUGAAUUACAGAGGGGGCACUAAUAGUGAAGGAAAAACUCAAGAGAGACUGCAAGGCGCUAGGUAGUGUGUAGGAAAAUGACAACUCGCAGGUAGCUCUGUCACUGGGAGGGAAGGUAAAAGUGUUAAGAACAGAUAGCCGACAAGCUCGAGCCGCUGGACUGACUGCGCGCUCCUCAAGGAUGCUGGGCUUUAACGGCGGUCGCAGGGGGCUCCGCUUCCCGCCCUUUGUCGCGUUGGCGCUGGCGGCGCUCGUGCUCUUCCUCUCCUUCAACUGCUGGGACCUGUCGAGGAAGCGCGCGCGCCUGCUGGACGAGCUGGCCGAGGCGCAGGCGCAGGCACGCCGCACGGACUCGGCGCGCGGCCGCCUCGAGAAGCGCAACGCUGAGCUGGUGGCGCAGGUGGACACGCAGCGCAAGGAGGCGGACAAGCGGCAGAGCGACUACGAGGGCGUGCGAGAGAACGUGCGCGCGCUCGAAGCGCAGAACAAGAAGUGCGCGGACGAAAAGAUGAAAAUUCAGAGUGAAUCCCAAGCACACAUUUCAGAGAUCCAGAGAUUGAAAGAGCAGCUAAAGGAGCUGAGGGAUGAGUUCAUGAAACAAGAGAGCCAGCUUCAUGAGAUGAAGAAAAACACCACACUGCAGAAGAAACUUGAAUAUGAGAGCUCACAGUGCAAGCAGCAAAUCAUCCAACUGCAACAGGUUCACAUGGAACAGAAGAAGAGUCUGGAAGAGGAGUUGGUGAAGCUGAAGAAGCAGAACUUGUUGGAUAAUCAAGGUGUGGCAGCAGUAGGAGGACACCCAGAGGAUGCCAGGAAUCAGCAGAAUGUUCCUAAUGUGAAAGAAUCUGAUAGGCUUGUCAGAGACACUGGUAUGCUUGGUAUUGAGGACAAUGGAGUGGGAAAAUUGGAAGAUGUCCAGUUUGCCCUGAAGAAACCAGCCAUAACCCAGAUGCAGUUCCAGGGUCAUGGAGCAGUCAUGGUACAGAAGCCAGGAGCUGAUGUCCCUGGACAUGGGAUAGACCUCCCCAGAGACCCUUUGAGUGCCCAGAAGGGAAAGGGGAUACUUCACCCAACAGUGGACACUAAGCUAGAGAAAGGGGCUGGCAAUGGGGGUGACCAUGAGGGUCAGUUGCUCCAGCAGCAUCAACUGGUCUUGGACAACAAGCCCAUACUGGGUAUUAAGAAGGAUGCUUAUGUAGAGCAACAAGAGGAGGAGCAUGGACAGAUAAAGGCUCCUGACAGUGUAAAGACUGGUGGUAUGGAAGUAAAACAUGAAGGACACCAGCCAGCUCUCAAACCUAUCCAAGUCCUGGCAAAACCUAUGGAGAAGGAUGUCAACAAGAACCUGCACCCUGCAGAGUUCCCCCAACAUGGUCAAAAUGAAGAUCAAAAGGCAAUGAAAAAUGGUGCAGAGAUGAAGCGACACCAAGCCAUGGACAUGCUGUGAACCUUUGUGAGACUGAGAAUUUAGGGAAUGAAGGAUUUUUUUUUUUUCCCCCCCUUAUUUUAUCCUUUACGAGUCAUUUUCUGCAGUCAAAAUGGAUUACCUGUCUAGGCUUCCAGUCAAUCUCAGCAAGAACCUGAUCUUGGGGAUAGAAUUUGAUCUUUCUUUGUUGCAAAAUAUGCAUAUGAACUGAAUUUUUUGUUCUUUUAAAAAAAUGUUGUUUGAUAAGGAACAUUUGUUUUUCCUCAAUUUUUCUUACAAGCCACAGGCUAUGAGCAAUACAGCAUGGUCUCAGUGGGGAUUUCUGUAAUGGCUUGCCACACAGAUGGGAAUUAAACUGCUGCACAGUACAAGGACAUUCAUCUUAUCUUUCUCAUGUUUUUUUUUUUUCCUUCUUGGUUGCAGUGGCAGCCUUUUUUGAGUACAUCACACCUUGUAAGAAAACAGUGGCACAUUUUGACAGCUGAACAGCCCACGAAGUCAUCACUACUGUGCUUCAGUGGACAGCACUUGUGUUGUGAGUGCAGCAGAACACUUUGCCUUCACACCAGCUGGUGUUGGAAACAAUCCUGAUGAAAUAUAUGAACUAGAUCAGUGCAAUGUCAGAGUUUGGGGUUGGCAUUAAGAAGUCCUUAAUUUACUGAGAUUUGUUCUAUUAAAUGUGCCCUUUGUAUCUUUUACAUAUGCAGUUUCUAAAAUCUUGAAGUAGAUCCCUAAAAACAUUAACUCUGAAGGAAAAUUCCAUAGCAAAACUGAAGGUGAGAUCUUCCUUGUCACAGAAAGGAUAAACCAUAUUGUAAAAUGUAUGCAAACAUCUUUCAAGUCAUUAAAAUGGCUGUUAGAUUUAGAUUUCGUCCUAGAAAUAAAGGUGUGUAUUACCUAUUGCCACAAAAACUUUGUUCUCAACUUUUGAUACUAAUUUAUUAAAGGAAACUCAUUCUUCCUUUGUGUAGCUGUUUUUUUAAUAGAACAGCUGAAGAAAUAUCCCA